AUGGAGAAUAAAGAAAACAAUGAGAAACUAUUAAAUUGUAUGAUAAAAGUUGUUAUUUACACGUGUGUAGGUCCUGGUCCUAAGUAUAAAUUAAGGACUUUAGUUGGAUACGAAGAACAUUGUCUUUCUCGACAGAGAGGUCCAGCUUAUACUAUAAGACCUCGUACAGAGCUUCAUAUGCGAAGUAUUGGUCCUGGACCACAAUACAAUGUUUCAAAACUAACAAAAUAUGGAGUAGAUAAGCCACCUGCAUAUACAAUAGCUCCUCGAGAACCUUUUAGAUUAAGAGAUUCAGGACCAGGACCAGGAGCACAUUACCCAGAAUUAUGUCUUCCAAUGAAUCAUGAUGUUAGACCUCCUGCUUACACUAUUAAAUCAAGAACUAAAAAAGGACUAAGUGAUAGUGGGCCUGGUCCAAAUGUGUACAUUUUACCUUCAUGUAUAGGACCUAAAAUUCCGGACAAAGAAGCUCAAGGUGCUUUUUCCAUAUCUGGCCCUCAUAAAAUACGCCAAGAAGAUGUUGGCCCAGGACCAGCAGCAUACACAAAUAUACGAACUGACCUUAUAAAACGUAGCUCUCCAGCAUUUAGUUUAAAAUGGAGAUAUCACAGAAUAGAUACAGAUGUAAGUCCAAUGCCAUAUUUUCCACAGUAUAAUAAAGGAAGACGAGCACCUACCUACUCCUUUGGUAUAAAACAUAGUGAAUGUGCUGGAAUACCUAUCACAGAAUUAGAUGAAGAUUGAUGUUAUAUAUUUAAUUUUAUAAAUUACUAAGAAGUGUCUACUUAAUGUUUAUACAAUGGUUUUGUACAGAAUAUUUACAAUAUUUGUAAUGUCAAAUUUUUAUAAUUUGUUUAUAUAAUUAAAAUAUGUUACAUAAAAUCUAACUGAUUCUUGCACAUCUUUUCGUCCGUCUUCAAAACGCAUAAUCCAUUUAUUAACAAAAAGUAUUCCUCUUACAAAAGAAUUCUCAUUGUAAUAAGUUUGAAAAAUCAAUUUCUUUUUCUUUUGUAUAAAUAAAAAAUAUAAGAUUUCAGAAAUGUACUUCUAAAAUUUUGAUGUGGAGCUUAUAGCAGUAACAAAGUUACAGUCCUUUAAGGUCGAAGCCAUACGAUCUCUUGUUUUACAUGAGCUUAAUUAGGAGAUGUGACUGUUUCAGCCAAUAAUACGUUACAGCUGAAAGUACGGAUGAAAUAUGACCAAUCAGGCCCGCAUUCUUUUCAUAUUCAAUCUUUUUAGCUCCGUAUACAUAUACUGUUGGCCAAAAGCUUCCC